ACUGAAAGGCAGCCCGCUGCUUUGACUGCGGCACGCGGCACUUCACUCCGGACGAGUCUCAGCGCAACAAACCAGACGGCAAAAGCCAAAAGCCACACAAAGUUUUCUUUUUGUCUCGUCGGACGCGUUUCACCGGCGAGUUGUUGAAGGGAACCGGGUGCUUAACGUCUUCUUCAGUGACCGACGCCCCUUUUGACUCCAUCGCCAUGUCAUCUCAGGCCACACCCAUCCAGGGGUCACGCCCCAUGACCCCACCGCUGAUCUCAGUGUCGCCAGAGUCCCUGCACCCUCCGGCCAGCAGACACAGAGACCGCUCGCCGUCCCCCAUGAGAGGCUACCUCGUCCCCAGCCCGCUGCCCACGCGCAGGAACAGGACCUACUCGGCAUCGACUCGUGCGGCAGAAGGUCCGGCGUUUACCGGCGUGUGUAAAUGCUUCUCCCGCUCCAAGGGCCACGGCUUCAUCACGCCAUCCGACGGGGGCGCCGACAUCUUCGUCCACAUCUCUGACAUCGAGGGCGAGUACGUGCCGUUGGAGGGCGACGAGGUGAGCUACAAGAUCUGCUGCAUCCCUCCCAAGCAGCAGAAGGUCCAGGCGGUGGAGGUGACCAUCACCCACCUCAAGCCGGGGAGCAAGCACGAGACCUGGGCGGGACGCGUCGUCAGCGACUGAGCGCUGUCCCUCAUCGGGGGCGUUUGGGGGGAGGGGUGAUGAUGAGUAGUUGGGUGGUCGGCUCUCCUGGGGGGUGAGUGAGUGACUGAAGGAAUAGAUGUUUAGCUCACACUAUACUACUUCUACUACUUCUACUGCUACUUUGGGAUUCAUAUGGGAGAGUUCAAGCCACAGUGAGGGUUAUCGUGGCGACGGCAGAGAGCUGUGGGUUUUGUUGGGGGGGUGUUCCGGUUUUACUGCGCGUCACUGCUUCUACCGAGAGGACCCGCUGCUCUGUUUGUGUCUGCUUUUACCGGCCUCCCGUCUGUAUUUCACCCUGUGGGGGGGGGCUGUAUGAGUGAAUUAAAGCUUAUUCAACCAGGA